UGCUGACCAGGGCACUGCUUAACGGGACACACGCUCGGGAUUCCAGGGCCGGAGGCCAAGCUGGAAUAUGAUUUCUUUUUUUUUCUUGGUGAGGGGUUUGAUAUAAAGUAUAUUGCUUGUUUAAUUGGGUGUAGUGGCCACAGAGUGCUUUUUCUGAGGAGCUUUGCAAGUUGAGGUUUGAGCUACAGGAUAGAGCCUCAAAGGGGCUGGUGAGAGGAUUGCAGAGAAGCUCAGAGCUGUUUGAGGACACAGCUCUUGGAGAUCCACAAAGAAGGAGCUUUAAGGAGUCUGGAGAACUUAGAGGAAACCCUUGUUUCCUGCCAUAUGUGGACAAUUCCAGUAUGAGGCUGCACUUGAAUGAAGUGGUGUAGGGGUCACAGCUUUGGGUUUACAGGACCACAGAGCCAUGGUAACAAUCUCACUUUGAAAAGUGAGGGGGAGUAGGAAGUUUGCAAGAUGUAUAAGAGAUGAGGUACCACCGCCUCCCUCUAAAUCUGCUCUAAGAACCCAAAUACCUCCGUAUUUCAGUGAUGCUAGAAGUGGUCUCUCUGCUUAGAGAGGUUAAUCAUGUUGGCUUCCUUUCACACUUCAUCCAGAUUUGCUCUCUAAGACACAUGGGUUGGUAGCAGUCUCUAUAAACACUGCAAAAUGCCUUCAGAACAAAGCCAGUUGUGCCUUGGGUGUCAUGGACCAAAUAAUCUCUUAAGCUGUCUUCCAACUCUAGGCACCUAUGAGCCAGAGCUGGAUCUGUGUACUAGCAGUUACUAAGGAUAUAUAACUGUAUCCUUGCAAUUGAAAUGUAUGUUUUAUAUAAACAAAAUUUAAGACCUUGAUGCUUCCGGAUCCCAUGCCAAAAAUGUUUCCCUCCUGCCUUAAUUUCUCACAUAAAUGACAGGCAAAGUAGCUGUUACAACGAGAGCAUUACGUGAUACGUUCUCUUACUUUGUGACUUACCUCAGAGUCUGUGAUCUCUACAGAUAUGACAAGGUUACAUCAAGAACCUGAUGAAGGAUCCCCUAAAAAUUUUAUUCCACGCAGAUGUAGCAAUCUGGUGUUGUUUAGACCAAAGGUUUUAGUUUGAUGAUACUUGUAUGAAAAUACUUGGAUUCUGCUGUUAAAAUAACUUGGAAUGGAGGCGUGCUCCACAGGCUUGUUGAGAUGCCAAGCUCUCUAGCCUGUGCAUUGCCUUUGCAACGGUCUGUUUGCUAAAACUGUUUUUGCUGGCACAAAAACCAAUAUAUAUAUAUAAAAAAAAGCUGUAAAGAGCCCCCAAACUCCCAAUAGAUAAGCACACACCUGAGAUUUGGAUUAAGAAAGGAAUUAGUUACCUUUGUGGUUGCAAUGGUUUGGCUUCUUUGUUCUUUGCUCCAGGCUAGGAUAAAGCAAGAAAGGAUCAGCAGAUGUUUCAUUAUAUUCCUUUUCUCAAUGCCUGAUGAAAGCAUUUUCACCAGCAUUUUACUGCCCAUCUAACACCUGAACCACUGCCUCCUUUAAAAUCUCCUUUUCACUGCAGGCCAUAGUAACUUUACACUACACCUUCUUCCCCACUGGUCAUUUGUUUUGUCAUAACUUUCCUAACAUUAGUGAAGUUAUUACUCACCAACCACACUUCGGGCCACAUGCAGAAAGGCAGCACACACUCAGAUCUGUAACAAACAGUAUUCUUAAGCCUUACCUAGAGCUGUAGCCUGUAGAGCUGCUUGUCUGCGUUACUCCUCUCUUUCUUCUGGCACACCCUGUUCAGUCAUUCCCUACACCUGUUGAAGAAACAUGCUCCCUUUCACAUCUGCAACCACCUAGAAUGUUUGUCCUGCUGCCACAGGGAAGCCACGGAGGCUGUUGUUGAACAGCAAGGCUCGGGGCCUGCUCUGUGACCUGUAGCUAGAGGGAAACCUGCAGGGAUCAGCCUGUUCCUUCUGAGCUGAGACAGCACAGCAAUACCAGCACAACCCCCAGCCCAAAGGGAAAAGUUGCUGCAACAAGUCAAGGUUAAAUUCGAUCUCUGGGAGAGGGAAUAAGGAUAAAAUUCCAAAUGGCUACACUUGGUGCAAUUACAUUCCUGGGCUAAUUUACACUGAAACCAAGGUAAGUCACCUCAAAGGAAAAGCAGGGAGGCAGCCAACAGGUGACCUGAACGUGCCUUCAGGGCAGUAGCAUGAGGGAACUGGAGGGAGAGAGUUGUUCCCCUGGGGAUUAACUGGCAAGUAAGAAUGUUCUGCUGUUUCAUCUGCUACCUGAGCAAUUAGGCAACAGAUCGUUUUUUCUGAAGAAGGCAAGUGCAUUCCUGAUGUAUUUAAAUUUCCAUCACACCAAAUGCUGGCAUGUACCAGGCUAUGAACUCAGUGACUCCUGCCCUUCUGCUAGAGAGCACUCCUUUCUGCAGAAAAUCAAGCUGUGAUUAUUUUAAUAGGUCAUUGUCAUCAACAGUGGAUACUGCAGGAAAAUCUUGGCAGGCCUCGUAGCAGAGUGCUCCAAGCAGAACUGCUCUGAAGUCUUCAGGAGUCUCAAGAGAACUGCACUGAGAGCCAUUUCCCCACAUCCAUAUCAGGUAGCCUAAAGAUGGAUGCUCCUAAAGAAGCUCAGCCUACAGGAGAGUUCGAGUGCCAGCUCUGUGGGUUAACAGCUCCCUACACGUACUACGGGCCGAGGCCGCCGAACUCACGCUCUGUCGUGCUUUUGGAAGAAGCCUAUGUCAUGAAGGAUCCUUUCACCCCUGACAAGGACAAAUUCCUCAUCCUUGGCUCUCAUUGCAGUCUGUGUGGCAGAUCAGUGUGUGUCGGUACAGAAUGUAGUCUGUUCUACUCCAAAAGGUUCUGUCUCCCCUGUGUGAAGGAAAACAUAAAGGCCUUUCCUUUGGAAAUACAAGAAGACAUGGAUAAAAGGAAGCCCCAGCAGAAAUCCUCCAAAAAAACACAUACAAAACAUAAAUCCUGAAGGACCAAGAGUGACAGUUCUUUGGCUGGGGUUUCUCCUCUCUGUUCAGAGACUAUCAUAUUGCUCCUUUUAAAGAAGUGACCUUCAUCAGCUCACUACUACUGAACAGAGUCCCCCAUGUCCUUACCCUGGGUCCCGGCAUCACCGCGCAGCAGCCGCGGGGCCAGCGGAACGGCUCCCGGGGUGGAGGAGCCAGGAAGGAAGGCAGACGAGCCUGCUGUCACCAUGGAAAGUGCUUGGAGUGAAAAACCAAACAGCAGAGGAACCAGGUCCAAUUCUACACAUUUGCUACUUCGAUGCUUUGUGUUGUUCUUGACACUCCUACAGUGUUAUGAAAAUCUGAGACACAUUUAACUGGCUUAAUUCAGGAUACAUCCAAGAAAGUCACUAUACACCAGUCGUUAUCUGGCAGUGCUGUGCUGGUAAGAUUACAGUAGGCAGGGAAUUUAGAGCUUUAAGUCUAAAAUAAAACUCUUACGAGAAAAUGUCACUGAUACUCAUAGAAAUACCUGAAUUUUUCAAUAUGAUAAUCUUGAUACUAUCGUAGCAUUGAGACUCCUGAAGGUCGGUGCUCCUAUAAUAAAAUACCAAUAAAAAUACUUACAAGUUCUUUGCACUUGCAGUCACUCAACCUUCAGGUCCGUGUCAGGACAGCAACUGGGGAGGACCCUGAACACAUCAAGUUUAUGCUUUACAAUAAAGGUGGCUUCCUUUUCACUUUCACUUCAGUUAAUCUGGACAUAGAAGAGUUCCAUUAAUAAACUCAAUUCUUUCUGAACUGGGCAAUUAAACUGCACCUAAAAUAGGGAUGUCAGAAACAGUUUCAGUUAAAAAAGGAGUAAAAAGAUGUUACAGAAACAGCAGUUUCUUUAGCUCAAAAGUUAGCUUCUCAGUUAUCUGUUUUGACUGUCUUAAAAGAUGAUUUAGGUGGCUUUUCCGUAAAACCAGUCACACACCCUAAGGAUAUGUUUAGAAAGCUCCCUAAUCACAAAAUCACCUUUUUUACUCAAGUUUUUGUUGGUCAUUGGUUCAGAACCUGUUACUGCAUUGGUUAACAUCUCUUUUUUUUUCAACUCAUCCAUGCAUAUAAUUUGUCAUAGGACAACAUCUAAACCUGAUCAUUUUAGUAGAAUGAACAUGUCUGUUAAAAGAAGUCAUCAUUAUUUCAAUGAGUUAUUUUUAGUUAUUAGGACAUUUAAGUGUCCUUUCUUUUUUCUGGACUUAGUAUUUUGGUGUCCUCUGUUAAGGACUGGAAUUUCUUGCAGUGACUAGAGGAGCAAUAAUGGACCUAUUUGCUCCAUUUAAAAAUGGAGCCUUUUUAAGCUCCAAGUGCUUUAAGACAUAAAAUAUAUAUAUGUCUCUAAUUGUGGGAAAAAAAGAUCCAUGUUAGAAGUCAACAUUUCAGAUACCUUUUUGCAGUGGGUUCCUUUCCUGGAAAUAAAAGAUUAGCACAGAACAUUAAAUUCACUUUUAAAAAUACUUUAUUUUUCUUACAACCAUUAAGGCAAAACCGUAUUUCAAAUUAAGGUUGUUUACAUUCAGUCUGAAAGGAUUACUUUUUUUAAAGCACAUAGGUUCCUACCAGGCUCUAUACAAACACUGUGAAUUCAACCUCUUAUUUUUAAAGAAGACAAAAAAAAUCAGAAUGUAAAAAAGAAAAAAAAUGUUUAGUUCAAGUUUUUAUCCUAGAUCAGUAGGCUGGUAAGGUUUGAGAAGUGUCAUUGUAUUUAGCUAAAUGUAACUUUUACAUUCACAAGUGCAAGAUACAUUUUCUUUCCUAAAAAUCCCUGUGAGACCAGAGCUUUCAUUUGUCCUUGGAAGUGUCAUUUGCAUUGUUCUGACAGAGAGAAACUUGGGAACUUGGCUUGAAUUAGUGGUUUUUCUGGGAAACAAGCAUUCCAUGAGAAUUAGCUUUGACUACUCCCUGUAAGAAAUGUCUGCUCUUUCUAAGUUCUGUGUUUACUGCAAUUAAAUGUAUCCAAACCUCUAAGAACAGGUGACUGGAAACAGUGAGCUGGUUGGUGGUUUUUUUUCCUCUUUAAUAUUGCUAUUUUGAUUUAAUAAAACACUCAUUAGCUCUA